AUGGAGAUGGAAGGUGCCAACCCUUCAGCCGCCAAAUCUUCACCUUGUGCCAUUACCCUUCUCGAAUCAAGUCUGCAGCCCGGCACCACAUGCCCGAGUUCGGUCGUACGUUUAGGGCUGAAGCGAUGGAGCGACGGAAGCGCGGCACAAAUAAUGGCUAGCCAUGUCGUACGGUACAAUGCUGCAGGUGCUGUUGCAGCCGGCGAGGGGCAUACGCCGACAGACUGGAUUCGUGGAGAUGGAGGGGAAGAGGGGGCCACGCCAUCGACGAACUACGCCGUAUCGAGAGACGAUAUGGGGUUUGAUAUGGAAGACCGCAGGCGGCGGGACUUUUGA